AUGACUUAUGCGGAAAUACCGACAUAUACCGACGAAAAAGUACUCGCAUCCAUUGAAGAAGGUAUACGGGGACUUAUGGCUCCACGAUCUCUUCCCCGUGCAACUUCUAAUAAUAAAAGCCUCAUCUUACCAAUUAAUCAGAGCUACGGUGACAACAGUGCCUCUAAAGUUAAGGCACACAAGGAAGAUUUUUAUAAAGAGGUAGACUGCACAGGAUUUGCUUUGGAAGAAAUUUCUGUAUUCGUAGAAGACAAAUUAAUCGUAGUCGAGGGUAUACAUAAAAAUAUUCAAGAUGAGCACGGUAACGUCUAUACGAACUUGUCAAAGACGUUUCCCGUCUCUGAAACCUACGACUUCAACGAUGCUAAAAUACAUUUAUUCUUGGACGGUACAUUAACUAUCUACAUUCCUUGUAAGGUUGAGCCAUUAGCGGAUUAG